ACUCCACUCUUAAGUUUCAUUUGUGUCAAAGUGAAAGUGUUUGUGAUUCAGGAGAGAUGGCGCAGAAAGCAGUCGACACAGAAGCCUUUUCCUGCUCCGUGUGUUUGGAUCUACUGAAGGAUCCCGUGACUAUUCCCUGUGGACACAGCUACUGCAGGAACUGUGUCCAACAGCACUGGGACCAAGAGGACCACAAGAGGCUCUACAGCUGUCCUGAAUGUCGCCUCACCUUCAGCCCCAGACCUGCCCUGGUCAAAAACGUCAUGUUAUCAGGUUUAGUAGAACAACUGAGGAAGACUGGACUCACAGCGCCCCCUGCUGACCGCUGCUAUGCCGGACCUCAGGAUGUGUCCUGUGAUGUGUGCACUGGGAGGAAGCUGAAAGCUGUCCAGUCCUGUCUGCAGUGUGUGGCCUCUUACUGUGAGCGCCACCUACAGCCUCAUUAUGACUCUGCAGCGUUUAAGAAACACCAGCUGGUGGCGCCCUCACACACACUCCAGGAAAACAUCUGCUCUGAACACGACGAAGUGAAGAAGAUGUUCUGCCGCACUGAGCAGCAGAGCAUCUGCUACCUCUGCUCUGUGGACCAGCACAAGGGCCACGACACAGUGUCCUCUGCAGCAGAGAGGGCUCAGAGACAGGCAGAGCUGCCGGCCAGGAGGGCCCUGCUGCUCCAGAACCUCCAGCACAAAGACACAGACCUGAAGAAGCUCCAACAGGAGGCCCAGGAGAUCAGCCGCUCUGCCCAGACAGCAGUGCAGCGCAGCGGGGACAGCUUCACAGAGAUGGUCCUUCUCCUGGAGAAAAGACGCUCUGAAGUGGAGCAGCAGAUCCGCUCCCAGGAGCAGACCCAACUGAGCCGAGUCCAAGAGCUCCAGGACCAAGUGCAGCAGGACGUGAGUGAGCUGAAGAGGAGCCUCUCGGAGCUGGACACACUGGCCCUCACCCAGGAUCAUAACCAGUUUCUACAGCUCUACACUUCACUGUCCACAGACACACAGAGCACAGAGCCAGUCAGGAUUGACACACGGCCCCGGAGAUACUUUGAGGACGUGAACAGAGCUGUGUCCAAGCUCAGGGACAAAGUGCAGCUCACUCUGGAGGAGGAUCUGACCAACGUCUCACAGGCUCUGAGUGGUGUGGAUGUUUUACUGUCACCAGCUGAACCCAGCUCCAGAGAGGACUUCUUACAAUACUCUACAGAAAUCACUCUGGACACAAACACAGUGAACACCAGACUGUCUCUGUCUGAUGGAGACAGAAGAGCAACAGUUAUGAGUAAAAAACAGAGUUAUCCUGAUCAUCCAGACAGAUUCAGUGUCUAUAAUCAGGUCCUGAGCAGAGAGGGUCUGACGGGCCGCUGUUACUGGGAGGUGCAGUGGAGCGGGGACUGGGUCUGUAUAGCAGUUUCAUACAAGGAUAUUCAGAGAAAAGUCUCUGUUGAAUCUGCAUUUGGAUUCAAUGAUAAAUCCUGGGCCUUAGACUGUACCAAAACAAGUUAUUCAUUUAUAUUUAACUCAGUCAGGUCCCAGGUCUCAGGUCCGGUCUCGUCCAGAAUCGGGGUUUACCUGGACCACAGUGCAGGGGUUUUGUCGUUUUACAGCGUCUCUGAAAGUACCAUGAGCCUCCUCCACAGAGUCCAGACCACUUUCACUCAGCCUCUCUACACUGGGGUGUGUUUGGGCGGGACAACUGGAAACACUGCACAUUUCCCUAAACUCAAAUAGAAGCUUUGUUCUCCACAGUUUGGAUUAAAUUUGUACCUUUUAUUUUUAAAUAAUGAGUUAAAGGUUUAAAUUAUGAUUUAUGAGGGUUUCCCCAAAAUAUUGAUACUUUCUAACCUAUUCUGAAACAAUAUCAAAACUAGAUUCUCAUUUGAACAAGUAUCAAUAGUGAAAAAAUAAAAUAAAAAUAAAUGAAUGAAUAAAUAAAUAAAUAAAUAGAAGAAACUUUUUCUUAACUUUUGCUGAAUAUACAUUUUAGAUUUGGUCUGUAUCAGAUCUAGUAUAAGAGCACAUUGUAAAAUUAUAAAGAACCUAUGAAGAAACUCUUGUUAUUUUGUGUUGAAAGUUACAUUCUGUUGUCUGAGGAAAUAUUCUGCUUAUUAUUUUUGUGGUUUCAAAAUCAAUCUUGAAAUUUUAACUCUGGUUUUAUAUAGAAUUGUAUUUUCAACAGUGACGGAGAAAAUAUUCAAUUUCUUUUACUUACGUAAAAGUAUUAGAUGAUAAAAAAAAUGUUAAUGUAAAAAUAUAAUUAUAAAACAUUAAAGUACCAGUUUAAAAAUGUAUUUAAAGAAUAAAAAGUUAAAGUAUUUCACACAGAUUGUGAGAUCUUAUAAAACUUCAAAUGUAGUGAUUUUGAUAAAUAUUUGUGUUGAAAUUUGUUCAACAGAAACAAUAGAAUCAGUCAUUUUUUUAGUAUGUGUUUUUAUUUGUAAAUGUUUAUUUGCUCAAACUACAAACAUGUUCCAAAUAAACCCUCAGCCUUUUCAACACGUCUCAGACAAUAAUAAAAAAUACUUUGACUUUUCAGUUCAGUUCAAAAAUGUAGUGGAGUAGAAAGUACAAAUACCUGCUCUCAAAUGUAAUCAAGUAAAAAUAAAAAGUAUCCAGUACAUACUUUUUUUUUUUUUUUUACUUAAGUACAGUACUUUUCUACUUUUACUUUGUUACAUUCCAGCAGUGAUUUCCAGCUGCAUUAUGGUGAUUAUUUUGUCAAACAUUUAUAAACUUGCUGAAACAUGUGGAGAAUUAAUCUUGUGACAAAACCUGCCACACGUUCCAUAAUAUUGAGUCAGAAUGUUGUGUGUCGCACUACAACACAAUGAUGCACUAUUACUGUCACACUAUUAGUGGAAAACUACACACAUAUUCUCAACAUGUUUCAAAUCAGAGCAUUUUCACUUGAUGUUCACAUGUUCUUCCUCAUGUCAUGGAACUGUGUCACUCUUUUCUUUAUCAUCAUGUCAAACUCGGAUUGUCUUCUAUCAUUUCAAUCAACACCAAUCACACUGUGUUUGUUCUGGGUUUCCUCUGUGUACAUUUGCACUGUGUUUUGUUCACUUUUAAAGUCUCACUGUGGAACUUUUGUGCUGGAGGUUUUGUCUGGAAUGUUCCACAGUAUGGCAUUAACCUGAUCUAUAUUGUGUUUAUUCAAUGACAGAUGUUUUAUUGCUCAAAAUCCAUCAUAGUUCUGAUGUGUAACUUGAAUCAUAAUUGUAAAAGUUGUUUGUGGUCACAUCAUGGGGAACACUGGUUCUACAAUGGGGAAGGUUUUACACUCUUUAAAUCAACAAUAAAUUCAUAAAUCAC